AUGACUGCCUCAGACGACGAAGAGAACGACAUCUUCGGUGCUCAUCAGCUCGACUUCGUGCCGCCAGCGCCUCUCAAAACUGCUGGUCUAGCGGAAGUAGACUUCGACAGCGUGCUUUCGCCCCCACUAAAGGUCCAUGAAGAUCUCACGAAUGGUUGUGGAGGACAGCUGUGGCCAGCGGGAAUGGUCCUCGGAAAGUAUAUGCUAAGGAAGCACAAGGAUGAUCUUGCGGGAAAGACAAUUGUUGAAUUGGGCGCCGGAGGCGGCCUUGUCGGUCUUGCAGUAGCUGUCGGCUGCAACGUCACCGAGACACUCCACAUCACUGAUCAAGACGAGAUGUUCGAGCUCAUGAAGAAGAACAUUGGUCUCAACGAUCUCGAAGGUCGUGUCUCUGCAUCGAUAUACGACUGGGGCCAGCCUACACCAGCGAACCUACCCCAACACCCUGAUGUUAUCCUCGCGGCUGAUUGCGUAUACUUCGAACCUGCAUUCCCUUUGUUACAGCAGACGCUCAAAGACAUUAUCGGUCCUAACACAGUGUGUUACUUCUGCUUCAAGAGGAGAAGAAGAGCAGACUUAACUUUCAUGAAGACUGCGGGGAAGAUGUUCGACGUGCAAGAGGUGGAUGAUGAUCCGGACAAGCCAAUUUGGUCGAAAGAAAGGUUGUUCCUGUGA